UUCUAACCAAAUAUUGCAAAUAUUUUUAUCAGUUUGUUAUGAGAGGAUUUAGAUGAAAAAUUUGGAGAAUUUAAUGAAUAUUUCAACAUCUGUUUUUAUUUUUAGAAGAAUUGAAGCUUCAUGGCGUCGACAAAUAACUCUACACUCAAAAAACAGCAGUUUACCCUGGAAAUAGAUUAUAACGAGAUUAAAUUUCUGAAUGAUCAGGCUGUCGGUGAAGGUACAUUUGGAGUUGUUUUUCGUGCACUUUGGAAAGAUAAGUUAGUGGCUGUUAAAAAGAUAACAAGAGAAAGUGAAGAAGGAGCAUUCAAAGUUGAAGUACGACAAUUAUCUAGAGUCAAUCAUCCAAAUAUUGUUACACUUUUUGGAGCAUGUACAGAAGGGCCAAAUAUGUGUUUGGUUAUGGAAUAUGCUGAUGGUGGAUCAUUGUUCAAUAUCUUGCACCAUUCACCUUAUAUAAGAUACUUCUUGAAUCAUGCAAUGUCGUGGUUGUAUCAGUGUGCCUUGGGUGUACAAUAUUUGCAUAAUAUGAAACCAAAUCCUUUAGUACAUCGAGAUCUGAAACCUCCAAAUCUACUUCUGAUAAAUAAAGGAAAGCAACUGAAAAUCUGUGAUUUUGGUACAGCUGUUGAUCAGAAAACACAUAUGACAAAUAAUAAGGGAUCUGCUGCUUGGAUGGCACCUGAAGUUUUUACAGGUUCUAGUUAUAAUGCAAAAUGUGAUAUAUUCAGUUGGAGUAUAAUUCUUUGGGAAGUGCUAUCUAGACGCAAACCAUAUGAUUCACCAUGCAUAACAGGGUUUCAAAUUCUGUGGAUGGUCAAUCAAGGAAGGCGACCUGCAUUUAUGAGAGAUUGUCCUCCAUGUAUAGAAAAUUUAAUAUUUAAAUGUUGGGAUCAGAUACCUGAAAAACGUCCAAGUAUGAAUGAGAUAGUGGAAAUUAUGCAUGACAUAUGCAGCAUCCUUCCUGUAGUUGAAGAUGUUGUUGAAGUUGAAGAUGUGUAUAGUUCAGACAGUCCUGAAGAUGAAAUGUAUAGGGCAGAAGAUGAAGAAGAAAUUACGUCUACACAGUAUGAUUCAUUUCCUAAAGAUCUCCAUGAACCUAGAGUGCAAGUGUUACCUCAGCCAACAACAAACUCGUUAGUCCCUCUUAGUAUUGAUGUAGAUCCUAAUGCAUGGAAUCUCCCUGAAACAGAACUUCAUGAUAUGGUUGGUCUGAAUUUGCAAACUGUUACAGAUAAUAACGCGGCGUCCCAAUCAGGAAUGCAGCCUGUGGGUUAUUCGUUACCUGAGGAGGAAUCGAUAUCUGAUGAGAUUUUAGAAAAAGAAGUGUUUCCGUUCUUGGACUCCCCCCUGAGACCGGCAACUCCAGACACAAACGAUUCGAGAUCGAUGGCCCUCUUCGAAGAGCACAAGCAAUUAGCUAAGGAGUAUUUUAAGGUACAAUCAGAGUUAGUACAUUUGAAUAAAGAGAAGAACAGGAUAUUGGACCAACAGCUGAAAGAUCAACAGCAGCAAGAAGAACUUCAGAAAGAGUAUGAAUCUCUUCUACAGUUGAGGAAUUUCCUUGUUGCUCAAAAAGAAGGUACAAGUGCAAAUGUAAACAACAGAAAUAGAGAACAUUGAAAUGGUUCAAACAGAACUAAUUAGUGAAUGACUCUUUGUGACGGUACAGUGAACUUGAUAAAAUCUGUUUGUCCAAUUAAAGAUCCAAGAACUCUCGAAUGAUAUUUAAACUUGUCAAUAUAGUUUAUUUUUCUAUAUCUGAUAGAAUGCUGAAUGAUGUAAAAUAGAUAAGUAAGCGUUCUUUUUUUUAAGUGGAACGACUGUUCAUUAGCUGUAAUUAAUAAGUAUUUUUAAAUGUGACUGUUUUGUAUUUAUUGAAUAUGUUAGUUUAUAGAUAUCGUUUUUAAAUAUACUAUUUUUGAGUUUGUUUUAAUAUUAAA